AUGUCAGCAGUGGACGACUGGCUAACUGGCUUCGCAGGGGUGGGGCACCGGGAGGUGUCCCCAGCCAUCAUUGGCUUCGUCCGGGGCCACUGGGGUCCUGACGGGAGAUCCGAACGGUGCCGCAAGGCCCUUGCGGACUUCCCCCGUUUGAAGCUCCCGUUCCUGGUGGUUCCGGAUUUGAAUCCGGAAAUGAAGGUACUAGCACUAGAGGCAGCCCGUCAGCGGCGACGUCCAGGCGACAGUGAACCAGAUUGUGGGAGCCUGAGCCAACGGGAUCAAGCCUUGCGGGAUGGCCAAGCUGCCAUCGUCUCCGCGGUGAGCCCCUUGGUGGCUCUCUUGGAGCAUUGUUCCGAGGAGCCAUCUACAGCUCCAGGGGACCCACCUUCUGGAACGCCGCACGGUCAGGGGCGAGUGGAUCGACGCGUGGUCGCCGACCACUUAGCGGCUGCCCUGUCACACUUGGGGCGGCUUUUCACCUCUCUCGGUAAUGAACGCCGAGAGAGUGUGCUGAACAGGGUAGCCCCGGACCUGCGGUCCCUAGUUACCAGGGACCAUCUCGACGAGGAGGGUGCUGCCCAACUAUUUGGGCAGCAGUUCCUCGAGCAGAUUCGAAUGCGAAACGAGACAUACAAGGUCCUCAGGGAAGCCCGACAGGGCACACAGAGGGGCCCGCCCGAGGAACCUGCUGUGAAACGAAGCCGCCCGGGGUCCAGCGGCACCUUCCGCCAGCCCUUUCCAGGCCGGCCCUUCCCAGGUGGACCUCAGGGAAGGGCAUUUCGAGGCCCACGGGGUCGGGGUCGAAGCCCAACAAGCCACCAGACCACUACGUUCUACGCUGGUUGACGAUCACCAAAACUUGAUGACAGUUGUGUGAUGAAUAAAGUUUGCGUACACACCCUC